AUGGCCGGCGUCAUCAAAGAAGCUCGCAAGGACCACAAGCUUCUUCCCAUGCUCCAGACCUUUGAUGCCUGCGCUUACGGUGGACUUCCACUGGAGGAUACUGAAGCAAUUUGGGCUCGGGGGCAGGGUAUCAGUCUAGUCGACCUGUUCGCCAGCACAGGAGUCGGCUAUGUUACUGUGAGCGGUGCUCCUAUCAACGCUGAUAACGGUGCACCAACUGAGAAGCUCGUGGAACUAGCGGUCCCCAAGCAUGCGCCUGAAUGUCCGCACCCUUCGCUCUGUGACCCAACAACAGGUGACUUCAUUACAGGCGAUGUCUUUCUGGAAGUCGGAGCAGACCGUUACAUCUCCAAGGGUCGUAAUGACGAUUGGAUCAAGAUGGAGAUAUCGCUGCGCUGUGAUACGCGUUCCAUUGAGAACAACGCAUUUGAGACGUGUGGCAAGGAUCUCAUCAGCGCCGCGGUGGUUAUUGGAGCUGCCAGACUUUCACCAGACCUUUUUGUCGAGGCCAAACAAACUGAGGGGCAUGAUGAAUUGCAGGCUGAAGUUCUAGGUUGA